AUGGCAGAUAGGGAAGUUUUGGCUGAACAAUGUCUUGUUGCUCAAAUUGUAUCAACCUGCGUGGCCGGAGUGUGUUAUCUGCUCUAUCCAAGGAAAGCCGAUACCUUACGCAACGGCGUCAUAGUCGACCGUCAGUAUUCUACUUCCUUCGUUAGUCGAAUGUCGUACUCCUGGGUAGGGGGGCUUAUCCAGCGGAUAAAGUGCAGCUCCACCAUCCACCUCAGAGACAUCCCGGAGCUGGACGAACUUACACAGGCACAAAACCUGCAAAAAUCCUUUGUCAAGAUUGAAGCUAUUCACCAAAGCCCAAGCUUGGCUGCCACACUAUUGCGCUCACAUGCAAAUGCACUUCUGUGGCAACUCGCCAUCUCUGGCAUAUCUACUUUAGCCGCACUCGGGCCUCAAAUCGUUGUCCUCAACCUACUAAAAGUAUUGGAAGUUGGUUCAAAGGAUCAGGUUACACUCAUCGGGCCUGCGGUCUGGAUUGUUCUUUUAGGGGUGUCUAUCACGGUAACAAAUUCAUUGGUGAUGUGGAAGUCGUGGCUACAACUGAAUGUGCUUCAAACUCGAACAUAUUCCCAAUUAAUGGCGGUUUUAUUUGACAACACCGUCAAGGGCGAGAUGGGAUCUUUCCCAAAGGGGGAAGAGAGGCCUGAUCACAGUGCGAUCAGUCUUGUGGUCACCGACGCAAAGAAAAUAGCCGAGUUCAUGGGAAAUUGUUAUCAGUUAUGGGAGACACCCCUCCACAUCGGAUUAACAGUCAUUCUUUUAACCCACCUGCUGAAAUGGAAAAGCGUCUGUGCUGGCCUCACUACCCUCUCAUUAACUUCGUUGCUAGGAAUACUCGCAGGGAAUAGAUUAUCGUCCGCCAAUUGUGGACUUGCAGCAGCUCGCGAUAAAAAAACGGGCCAGAUCACAGAGCUGCUAAACUGUAUCAGAGAGGUGAAACUUCUUGCCGUGGAAGACAAAUGGGAGAAACGAAUCAAUAUUCUGAGGGACGCAGAGAUUUGGCAUCAGUCCAAGGUGAUUCAAUGGAAGACCAUCGUGGAAUCCAUUUGUGCAGCUGAACCAAUCCUGCUCUCCGCUGUAAUGCUCGGAACCCAUGUGCUUCUUUUCGGACAUUUAUCCCCAUCUGCUCUCUUCACCUGCUUAGCGCUUCUGGACCGGUUACAACAUUCGUUCGAGAGGAUCCCACAUAUAUUAACUGAAGUGGCAACGGUGAGACUGUCCACGAGCAAGGUCCAGGAGUACCUCCAUCGUCCACGCAAGCAAAACAGCGUCGUUCGCGGAGCGCAGAUCGAUAUGAGAAAUGCUACCAUCACAUGGGCCGGCGUCAACGACGGUUUCCAUCUGAAAGACAUGAACAUGAAUUUCUCGGCCGGGAAGCAGACUGUUGUGCAUGGACCUACGGGAUCUGGCAAAAGUCUGCUUUUGACAACGAUCUUGGGACAAAAUGACAUCCUGAAAGGCACGGUGCGGAGCCCUUACACAAAGGGCCUUUGUCCGGUUGCAUACGUACCGCAGAACCCUUGGGUAGAAAGCUGCACAUUUCGAGAUAAUAUCCUAUUUGGGCUUCCAUACAAUCCCAGCCGGUAUGUGGAAGUCAUCGUCGCCUGUGCGUUAGACAUCGAUCUGCAGAGUCUGCACGACGGGGAUCUCACUGUGCUCUACCAAAAUGGCACCAACCUCAGCGGGGGUCAGAAGGCGCGGCUGGCUCUCGCGCGUGCUCUAUAUUCGAAUUCACCGAUUCUACUCCUAGAUGGGGUAUUGAGCUCGGUAGAUCGGAGGACCGCUGGCCACCUGGUGGAGUUUGCGUUGAACGGGAGACUCGCGGCCGGGAGAACAUGUAUACUUGCUGUGGACCGUGUUAACUUUGCUUUCCGUGGGACGCACUGUCUAGUACGGCUAGACCGACAGAGAAUGGAAUCUAGAUACGCCGUCACGAAUCUGCGGCCAAAUGGGUUCAAUUGCCCCUUGGACAGGAGUUUUGAGGAGGCGUGUCAACGGCACCAGGACUUUCUUGCAGAUGAAUCUACCGGUGCCUAUCAGAAAAGUCCAGUAGCAGAAGAAAUAUAUACAUACCAUGGACGUCCAGACCUAGAGGCCAUCACACAGUUCAUGGGGCUAUGUGACUGUCCGCUUGGAUGGCUUCUGAUAGGGUUAUUUUUUGUGGUGGCUAUAGCGGUGACGCUUGGGAAAACACAUGUUACGAUGUCUUUGACAACCCAUCAACAAAACCAAUCCAAACCGGCCAACACGGCAGCCUAUCUUCCCCUUUAUUUGGUCCUCUCUAUCUGCGGCGUUUUAGUGAAGAGCCUGAAUAGCUACCUAGUCCUGGCUUUGCCAUUUCGCGGCUCCAAGAAGCUUUUCCGACGCCUACUCCGCGGCAUCUUGCGUGCAGAUUUGCGAUGGCUCCUUGCCACACCGGCUGGGAGCCUAAUAGGGAGACUGUCUGCUGACAGCUCCACCGUGGACGAGAGAAUCGGCCAGCACCUUAAUCUCGUCAUAGUCCAUGCGGUUAACAUUGCGACAUGUGUUCUGUCAGGAGCAAUAGCUAGCCCUGUUGAUAUCUGUGUUGCAUUGGGAACCCUCCUGUCCAUUUUACGGCCUGCUGCCGACUACUUGACUGCCAUCCGAGAGAUUAAACGGAUCGAGAGUAUUUCUCUAGGCCCCAUACUGGACCACUUUACGUCAUGUAUCACAGGGCUGAGCACAAUUAGAGCAUACGCAAGGGAUGAGGACUACCUCAAACUGGCAUUUGACCGGAUUGAUGUACUAUCCCGCGCUUCAUGGCAUCGAUGGCUUCUCAACCAGUGGAUUGGUUUUCGCAUGGGAGUGAUAGCGGCAAUUUUCACUUCAUUCACUGUUGCCAUGAUUGUUUUUACAGGCGACAUGGGUGUUGAUGUUGCGGCGGUCGGUUUCACGGCCAGCGUCGCUAUCAAGCUAGCCGAUUGCCUUACCGCUGCGGUUAAAUCAUAUGUUACUCUGGAGAUGGACAUGGAUAGCCUGGAUCGAAUGUUCGAGUACUGCAUGGUUCAUACGGAGGACGGCUAUGCUGAUGAACAGGAUGCUGAAUGGUCACCGCAAGGUUGUAUAGAAGUCUUGGACCUGACAGCCACCCAUGCGCCUGAGCUACAACCCGUUCUACGUGGGGUGACAUUCUGUGUAUCGCCAGGGCAGCGAUUAGGGAUAGUUGGGCGGACGGGGGCGGGCAAAUCAUCUCUUGGUUUGGCUCUGGCCAGGUUCCUUGACGUUCAAAAUGGGAUGAUUAGGAUAGACGGCGUGGAUAUCCGUCAAGUUCAGUUGCGGCAGUAUCGUCGGAGGGUGUCGCUUAUCCCCCAGACGCCCGUUCUGUUUUCAGGGACUAUUGGCAGCAACCUGGAUCCGUUCUGUGAAAAAGAUGACCUGGAUAUCAUUGAUGCCCUUAGAAAGAUACACUGGUUUCGGCAUUUCGAUGCUUGUGAUGUGGCGGGCGGAAACCUGCGGUCUACGGACGCUAUCCGUGAGGACAAUUAUACAGCUGAGCUAUCGAUGAAGCAGGCCUCCGCUAUACUACAGACUACCAUUGCGGCUGGGGGGUUAAAUAUCUCCCAAGGGCAAAGGCAGUUACUUUGUUUGGCUCGGGCAAUUGUGGCGCGGCCGAAGGUCGUGAUCCUGGAUGAGAUCACUUCCUCUGUGGAUACAGAGACCGACCGGCUCAUACAAAGGUCUUUGAAGACGGCAUUCCAUGGGACUACUAUAAUUGCAAUUGCUCAUCGCCUACAGGCCGUUGUAGAGUUUGAUCGGAUCUUAGUUCUGGAGGAGGGACGAGUUGCUGAGUUUGGUGCGCCGCUUGAGCUUAUGGCAAGACCAAACGGAGCCUUUCGGGCGAUAGUCGAAGAGCAUGUGAAGAGUGAAGAGCUAAGGCUGACUAUGGCCCAGGGAGCCGAGAGAUAG